AUGGAGCAAGAGCGCUCCAAUGGAUACAGGCGGAACUCGCUUCAACAUGGUAGUAUUCAUAGGCGGCCUGUUGAGCGACGAGCGAGUAAGAAAUCGUCUUCAAAAGAUCGCCAUGGGAUAGUAUAUCCGGAAAGUUUUCAGCAGGGCACUAUAAGGACGGUUACGCCGGAUUCUAUAUCCGACGUUGGUAAUCAAUCUUCUCUCUCCGAGUCCGACCAUCUUUCUACAAAUCCUGCUGUUUCUCCGCGUUCCACGGCCAGAUCAAAGAACACAGAAUGGGAACGCCGUCGUGAGUUUAGUCCCUACCAUUCUGCGGCCGAUGACGACGAUCUGUCAAGUGAAAGCAGAAGUCAGCGUGCUCGAUCACGGACAACGACUCUGGAGGACCAGCGAAGCGAAAUAUCACCCAACUUCUUGUCGAGGGCGAGAAAUAGGCUUGGCUCAAUAAACACGGCAGUACCUUCGUCCGACACAAAAGAAUCCGAGGAAUCCGUGAGCUCCAUAGGCUACCCCUCGGUUGUUCAGUCCCCAACGGCGGGCGUACCCAACAGUCAACAACGUCGGCCCAAAGCACCCUCUGCUGGCCCUGCACUGAUCACGGGCGUUUCCAGAAAUCCUGCUGCAUUUGUAUCUCCAUUAUCCAAUGCUGAUUCUGCCAAGAUUCUCCAGCUGAUGAAGACAACGUGCGGGCGAAUGCAUGGUAUACUAUCUUUUCGAACCGCUACGAAUACGCAAUGGACCUCUGGUUAUUGUGCCAUCAAUGUGGCUACUGGCAGCCUAAUAUACCAAGCUAAAGGUGAAGUUGCCAUGGCAAAAACGUUGAUUCCGGACCUGCGGGGUUGUCACGUUCGGACCAUGUUUGACACUGAGCUUCAGUCAACGUACCUCAGCGUUUCGACAUUCUCGUCAGGCCUGGGAAUUCAGCUCAAGCCUCAUGUUAAUGAAACAUUUGAUUCCUGGCUGGCGGCGUUGUUAUGCUGGCAGCCUAUACGUCCGAAAGGUGUGCAGAAUAAGAGAACGAAACCUCAAUCAGUAGCAAUUGUCGACCGUCGGAUUGCUGAUCGGAGGCGGAACUCUGAGAGUACGGUGCAGAAGGAAGCUGCUAUUAUAAAGGUCGGUAAAAUGCUUCUCUGGGAGAAGCCCAGUCCAUCUGGGGCACGUCCAGAAUCUGGAUGGCGGUCAUCCACGCAGCAUAGAAAUCAAAGAACGCAUUCCUCGGCAUGGCAAAGGGUGAGCUGCACUUUGCAGGAAAAUGGCUACUUCAAGCUGUUUACAGAGGCAGACGUAUCGUUAUUAGCUGUCAUUCAUCUCUCGCAACUGUCGCGAUGUGCCAUUCAGCAGUUAGAGCCUUCCGUCUUAGGUGAUGAUUAUUGCAUUGCAAUCUACCCUCAAUAUGCUGCACUGUCGGUAUCAGAAACUGCAUCUCGGCCUGUUUUUCUGUCUUUGGAGAGCCGCGUGCUGUUUGAGGUUUGGUUCGUACUCCUACGGGCGUUCACAAUACCUGAAUUGUACGGACCUGAAGCCGCUGCUGGCGAAGACUCUAGUCGAUCGCAGACAUUGAUCAAUCCUUCCGCCGCAUCAACGACCGAUAUGUUUCGAAUAGAGAGAAUGCUAUCGCUGCGCAUUACCGAAGCAAAAUUGUCAGGCAACAGGAAUAGAAAAGAAGAGUCACCUAAAAGCAAGAAGCCUUUUGAUCCUACCGAAAAGAGCUUUGUUAGUGACUACUAUGCCGAAGUUCUUCUGGAUGGUGAGAUACGGGCCAAAACGGCAGUGAAGCAGAGAACAUCCAACCCAUUUUGGAGGGAGGAGUUUUCUUUCCCUGACCUUCCUCCAAUUCUCUCUAAUGCGUCGAUUCUUCUGAAGACAUUGAACCCUGCGCAAAAGGAUUGGACGCUUAUUGCGCAUGGUCCUUAUAGUCUUGAUUCUCAGGCUAACCCCUUGAGUGUUUUGGAUGACCUCGAGUUAUCAUCGCAUGAUGCAACUUCCGGACGAGUCGAUUUACGCCUGGACGAACUUGAAGCAGGCGUCGAUCACGAGAAAUGGUGGCCGAUUAUCGAUGACAGGGACCAGGUCAUGGGAGAAAUGUAUAUGAAGGUUCGCUUGGAGGAGAUGAUUGUCCUAAUGUCCCACGAAUACGAGCUCAUGUCCGAAUUACUUCACACGUUUCCCAACAACCUCACCAUCAAUAUGAUCCAACUCGUUCCUACAGAGCUUACCCGCAUGUCUGAAAUUCUCCUCAACAUUUUUCAGGUGUCAGGGCAAGCUGCAGAGUGGAUUUCGGCUCUCGUAGAAGAUGAGAUUGAUGGUUUCGACAGAGACACUACCUCAACUGCCCACAACCGAUUCCGUUACACGACAAGAAUACACUCUAAUGACUCGAAAGAAUCAGGACAGGACCGUGAGGUUAUAGUGCGAGACCUGGGUCGCUCUGCGACAGUCGAAGCCAACUUGCUUUUCCGGGGUAAUUCUUUGCUGACGAAGGCACUUGAUAUGCAUAUGAGGCGCUUGGGAAAAGACUAUUUGGAAGAAACGAUCGGAGAACGUAUCCGUGACCUCGACGAGAGUGACCCCGACUGCGAAGUAGACCCGCUCAAACUCCGAUAUAACCGACCAGAAGAGUUGGAUCGCAAUUGGAGGAAUCUUAUCGGACUCACCAGUCUUUUUUGGAAAUCGAUUUCAGCUUCCGCUUCCAGAUGUCCAGCAGAACUUCGACGUAUUUUCCGGCAUGUGAGAGCUUGUGCGGAGGAUCGCUAUGGUGAUUUCUUACGCUCAGUAACCUAUAGCAGUGUUUCGGGAUUUCUCUUUCUCCGGUUUUUCUGCCCUGCAAUUUUGAAUCCCAAGUUGUUCGGUCUAAUGAAAGAUCAUCCACGACCUCGUGCUCAACGUACCUUAACCCUUAUUGCGAAGGCCCUUCAAGGCCUAGCGAACAUGACAACUUUUGGUAGCAAGGAACCGUGGAUGGAGCCCAUGAAUAAAUUCUUACUUUCGAACCGCUCUGCUUUCAAGGAGUUUGUUGAUUCUAUCUGCGCAAUUCCAGCAGAGAGACCAGCAGCGAUAGUCACCCCACAAUAUGCCACACCCAUUCAGAUACUGGGGCGAUUACCACCGACGUCCCGUGAAGGCUUCCCAAGCCUUCCGUUUCUCAUCGACCACGCUAGAAGCUUUGCAGCACUGACUAAGUUAUGGUUGGCAAAAGCGCCGGACAAGUUGAACGAACUGGAGGAGAUUGAUCCGAGCGUAGCGAAGUUUCAUUCGCUAGCUUUAGAAAUCCAGCGAAGAACCAAAGAAUGUUUCAGCAAAGCCGAAUCUGCUGAACGCCCGAGUGGAAAUCUCGAGAUGAAAUGGGAGGAGUUGGUGGAAUCAAUGGAUCGGUCUAUAACCUUCUUCGACGAAGCUUCCAAACCGGUUACACCUGCUGCGGAGACUCCACUCACGGCUCCGGCAGUCGUCUCGAGCCAUCGUAACUCUAUUGGAUAUUUUGCGCCGAAACCUUCGCUUCCUCGUCGGUCAACUGACACAACUGCGGACGGUGAUGAAGAUACACCGCCGAGUUCUUCCUCUGCAACUUGGGAACAAUACCGUCUCCCGUUCGCGGUAGGCCGGUCUUCAGAUCAUCGCGAAAGUGUCACUAGUUCCAGAAACUCUUCACAAUAUUCGUUGGAGAAUCCCGAGAGCUCCAAGAGCCGGCAGUCAACGAUAGGAAAAGAAGCAUCCAGCAAGCUCCGGCUUUUCGACUUUGUUCCUGGAGGAACGUCGCGACGCAAGAACAAAGAUUCGUCAAACAACAGUACAUUAUAACAUAAGAUCGAGUCAGACAUCAUUACAUCGGAAACUCAUAUGAAACGUGCAACGAAGUUAGACUAUUCGCAAAUUCUCAAUAUAUAUGGCUAUAUAUCAAUUUGUCAUUUUAGCAUUUACAUCGCUUUUGUUCGAUGCGCGAGAGCCAUUAUUAUUACGCUAUCUACACGAUAUUAAUGCAUUUCUUCUCAUUGAUAUGUACUCUUUUCCUACAAGCAUCUGUUGAAUUUGGUGUUGGAUACCCUUUCCCCAUCUAGCUUUUCUUAUUUUUAUUCUUCUUGCUCCUAUCCAAAACUCUUGGACCUACAAGCAUUUUGCUCUUUUGAUGCUCCACUCUGUUCCUUUUUGAAACUCGCUUCACCGAAUGUUUAUCAUGCUAGAGACAUUUUGUUCUUCUAUCUUUUGGAAUUGGCUAUCUGGCUUUACAUCAAGAACGGUUUAUUGCACUUAUAUCCAAAAGACAUAGGGGUUG